GAGCUGUUUUCCAAAGCAGAGUGAAAUUUUAGGGUUUUACAAAAGAGCGGGUUUUGCUUCCCUCUUUGCUUAUUUGGGAUCUGGGUUUUGAUUAUUUCCGCAAAGUAACCACAUUUUUCAUUUCCGGAGAUGGAGCAGCAAACGAUGACGAUAAUGAAAGAUUGUGAAGUUGAAGUCAGUUCUGAAGAAGAAGGAUUCGAAGGUGCUUGGUUCAGAGCUAUGUUAGAGGAAAACCCAGGGAACUCAGCUCGCAGAAAGCUUCGUGUUCGUUACUUGACGUUGCUCGACAUGAACGGUUCGUCUCCUCUAAUCGAACACAUCGAACAGAGAUUUAUUCGACCUGUCCCUCCGGAGGAGAAUCAACAAAAAGGCGUCGUUUUGGAGGAAGGUUCGCUGGUGGAUGCUGACCACAAAGAUGGAUGGUGGACUGGUGUUGUCGUAAAGAAAGUGGAGGACGACAACUAUUUGGUUUAUUUUGAUUUACCUCCUGACAUUAUACAGUUCGAGAGAAAGCAGUUGCGGACUCAUCUUAUCUGGACCGGUGGGAAUUGGAUCCAACCAGAAAUUGAGGAAUUGGAUAAGUCCAUGUUUAGCUCCGGGACAAUGGUGGAAGUGUUGUCUACCAAAGAAACUGUGUGGUCCCCUGCAAUGGUAGUCAAAGAGAUUGGUGUGGAUGAUAAGAAGAAAUUCAUUGUCAAGGACUGGAAUAGGUACCUGAGCUGCAAUGGUGAUGAUGCGAUACCAAACAAGACUGUUGAUUCGCGCCGUGUUAGACCCAUACCGCCUCCUUCUUCGGUUGACCAGUAUACAUUGUUGGAAUGUGUAGAGACGUUUUGUGGUUUGGGAUGGCAUAAAGGGCAGGUGAGGAAACUUCUCUCUGAUAACCGUUACUCGGUUAUUUUAGAGGCUACAAAGCAGGAAUCUACAAUUAAACACUCAGAUCUUAGGCCUUUCAUGGUGUGGGAAGAUGGAGUUUGGCAUAACGAUCCAAAGCCAAAACCCAUAAAAGAAACUCCUCCAAACAUCUUGAAAAGGAAGCCAAUGCGAUCUUGUUCUGCUGCUAAACCAAUGACUCCUAACAGUGCCACUAAGAAUUUGAGAAGUUCCCUGAAUCCUGACGAAAUUAGCGAGACACUCACUAAAGCAAAAUCUGUAGCUGCCACUGAAGAAUUAGGAAAGAAGAAGGCUGAUGCUGUGAUGUAUGACAAAACUCAUCUGGUCAUAACCCCGCAAGUAACAUCAAUAGCCCCAGUCAUAACAGCCACACAAUUGAAACAACUAGAGGCUGAAACAGAAGGAAAUAAAUCCCCAAAGAAGACACUUGAGCCAAUGAAGAAUCAGAAUGGCUUGGAAAAUAGUUCAACUCAACACGAGAUGCCUGAGGAGGAGAAUAGCAACGAAAAGAGUAGAAAGAGGAAAAGAGAACAAAAUCAAAACUCUGACCUGAAUGAAACUGAUGAGACUUGCAAUGGUUCAAAGGCUGGGAUCAACGGUACAAGUGAUAAUAUACGUGUUGAUGAUGUUGAUGAUCAGCCUCUCUCUGCUUGGAUAAAUAUACCUACAGUGCUAUCCUCUGAUCAGAGCUCGAAUGUGGCGGAUAAUUCUGCUGCUGAUGUUGAGGAAACUCAAGCAAAGGGUACACUAAUAAUUGAGCCUUUUACAAAGAAUUUGCCAUUUUGGAAAACAUAUGAAACAGAGAAGGGAUACAAGACAGUACCACAGAAUCCUCAUUUCAGCCCGUUGUUCGAGUUCAAAGAAGAUAUCCGUGAAUGGUCAGCAGUUGGUAUGAUGGUGAGUUUCUACGGGUUAUUAGAAGAAGUGAAAAAUCUGCAGCUCGAUGUUUCUUCCAGCAAACUAAGUAGCCUCAGUAGUUCUUUUGCCGAGCUAGAGAAGCAUGGUUUCGACGUUGCAACCCCUCAGUCACGGAUAAACAAAGUGUUGUCUCUCCAAGUUGGGCGAGCAAAGAAAGUGGAGGAAAGAAAAUGUCUGGAGAAGAGGAUUGAAGCUGAAGAGAUUGAAAUGCAAAAAUUUGAACACGAAAUGGUUGAGGUAGAACGUAAACUGUUGGAACUGAAGAGACAAGCAGAGGUUGCGAAAGAGAAGAAAGAAGCGAAGAACAAAAUGAUUGUUGAAAUGAAAUCAUGUGCAGAAACCAUUGAUCAAGAGAUUGCAGAUGUGGAGCUGGAGUUUAUAACAUCUGUGUUGGCUCCGUGGUAAUAAGUGAAAAGAAAAACGAUAUUAUGAAUGACCUCUAAGCUCCUAUUUUGGUAAAAUGAAGUAGAUGUAAGUAA